GUAAGACAACGCAGGAGUGACCGCGAUGUUUUCUUCUGUUGCGUGAGAAACGAAUGAGCGCUUCUUCCUCUUACCGGUCGUUUGCUUUUCCUCCUCGUUGCUUUUCUUGUAUGAUUACAACUUUUUAGCGUCAAGAAUUACAGAGAUGUUUGUUUGGAUUAACGCAUGCCGUAAGCAGGAUGACCAGGAGGGACGGAGAGGACUAGCAAACGACCGGAGGAAAGGCGUCUGGCUCAGACUGCCCACGUAUCUGGCUUUUUUCUUUGUCUGUGAGCCUGCUUUUGGAGGUAGUGCAGCUGCGCGCUCUACAGCGGAGAAGGAAAAGAAAUUUGAAAGGAUGUCCAGUGCAGAGUAAGGAUUAAAAAGUCUUGAGGUGCUGCGUUUUUCUGCCUUUCUGGAUGAUUACGAAUUCUAGCGUCAAGAAUUACAGAGAUGUUUGUUUAUAUUAACGCAUGCCGUAAGCAGGAUGAUCGGAAAGGAAAAGAAAGAAGGCGAGUUCGCACGGGAGCGUGGAAAGAGUUUCACUUUGUACUAUCGUGCUCGUCAUCGUACAGUGAUGAAUAAAUGCGUUUGCCAUGGUACGAGAUGGGUUCCUGCUUCAACUGUUCAGAUGCUUGCUGCGUUGGAUGAUGAUCCAUGUUUAGCACAAUUCGACACUGAGUCGGAAACGUCAUGACGCACCGUGUCUCGACCGUGGAGGAUGCCCGCUGUGCACACAUCUUCUUUUCUAGGGGGUGUGGUGGGCAGUGGGUGCACUGACAACGCUGUUUCCGUCACGAUUGGCUUAAAGAAGUGCAAAGGGAACUCCGAAAAGACAGCGUUGAACCCUAGAAGAAAAUGUGGCAACUGUUUGUAUCUCUGUUUAUGUGUGAAUGGAUGGUUAUCCCUGUCAGAUGUACAUCGGGGGUUGAAUUGAUUGCCGUUGCCUCGCAUCUAUAUGAUGAUCCACGUUUAGCACAAUUCGACACUGAGUCGGAAACGUCAUGACGCACCGUGUCUCGACCGUGGAGGAUGCCCGCUGUGCGUUCUCGCUUCUCUUUGGGAGGUGAGUCGCGCAGUGGGUGCACUGAUAGAUUGUGUCUUGCAACAUUGUUUUUCUUUUCACAAGGUUUUCGUGUUGAUAGUGUUUGUAACGGUCGGAUUUUCCUUCGACAUCGUAUGCAGCUCCCUCGCUUCGCAUACCACGCUCUUGUCGCUUCCCACUGCCGCAUCAAUCGGCUUAACAUCAUGGGUUAGUAUACUUGAGCCAGAGAAACAAGAUACCGAAGGGCGCCACCGUCGUCUGCGGAAGUGUUUGUUAAUGGUAGAGUGUCUACCCGUCAUCAUCUAUAGCUGUCCAACUAAGAAGGCACUUCACAACAUCAUCAAAACGCAACCGCGACCUCAAAAGAAGGAAAGAAGGCGGUCUUUGCGCUGAGCAGUAGAGUCCAUCAACACAAAAACUUUAGAGCGCGUUCGGUAGAACCUUCAGACGCUUUCUCUAUACAGCGGUUCAACGCUACUAUAUUCCAUGUUGCAGUACCGUACUGAGAGUACUCGACAACACUACGUCAUAACUGGACUCCUUCGCAUUCACCGUCUCUCUACCUCUCCCCGCUCUCCUCCCCCCUCGCGUAACGCUGCGGCGACGCCACGUGAACGCCGCCACCGGGUCCACCGCGUAAACCUACACGCGGGGAAGAUAAGUAACCGCCAUCCCCUCCGUCUUUCUUCUCAAACCGGUCUCCCCACAUCAGCCAAAACAAAAACGAUUCUCCUUUCACUUUUCUCCCCAUAAAAAUACCAAUAACGCUGUUCUGUUUCCACGAUGCCGUACGUUGCCGCCAUUGACCAGGGCACGACCUCGAGCCGGUGCAUCAUCUUCGACGACCACUUUAAGGUUGCUGCGGACCACCAGCUGCCCCACGAGCAGUUCACGCCGCAGCCCGGCUGGCUGGAGCACGACGCGGAUGAGAUCUUCCGCAACUGCUGCCUGUGCGUGACGAACGCGGUGAAGAAGCUGCGCGCGAAGGACCCGAAGUUCGACAAGAUCAGCGGCAUCGGCAUCACGAACCAGCGUGAGACGAGCGUUGCCUGGGACCGCAAGACCGGCAAGGCGCUGUGCCACGCCCCUGUGUGGAGUGACGCGCGCACGCACGAGGUGUGCAACCGCAUCGCCAAGGAGGUGGGCGGCGGCAACAACAACUUCGCCGCUGAGAUCACCGGCCUGCCGGUGAGCACGUACUUCUCUGCCUUCAAGUACCGCUGGAUGCUGGAGAACGUGCCGGCUGUCGCGGAGGCGCGCAAGAACGGCACCCUCAUGUUCGGCACGAUCGAGUGCUGGCUGAUGUACAAGCUGAGCGGCGGCAAGACGUUCGUGACGGAUGUGUCGAACGCGAGCCGGACCUUCCUGAUGGAGCUGAGCACGCAGAAGUGGUCGGCGGAGCUGUGCAAGAAGCUGGACAUCCCAAUCGAGGCGCUGCCGGAGAUCCGCAGCAACAGCGAGCGCUACUGCGACAUCGCCACGCCGGAGUUCGGCGUCGUCGAGGCACUGGGCGUCACGACGCCGAUCACCGGCUGCAUUGGCGAUCAGCAGAGCGCGCUGUUCGGCCACAUGGGCUUCCACAAGGGUGACGCGAAGAACACGUACGGCACGGGCUGCUUCAUGCUGAUGAACGUGGGCCCGAAGGUGCAGUACUCGAAGCACGGGCUUCUGGCCACCAUCGGCUACAAGCUGGGCAACAAGCCCACCACCUUCGCCCUCGAGGGCUCGAUCGCCAGCUGCGGCGCGACGGUGGAGUGGAUGCGCCGAAACUUGGGCUUCUUCGGCCACCCCCGCGAGAUGGAGGCGAUCGCCCGGAAGGAGGCGAGCACGGACGGCAUCGUCUUCGUUCCCGCCUUUGGCGGCCUGCUCUGCCCCUACUGGGACCCGACGGCGCGUGGCACCAUUGUCGGCAUGACGUACAAGACGAACAAGUCGCACAUCAUCCGUGCGGCGCUGGAGGCCAUCUCGAUGCAGGCGGGCGCGGUGCUGCUGGCGAUGAACCAGGACAGCGGCGUCGAGCUGAAGCGCCUGCGCGUCGAUGGCGGUCUGACGAACAGCCGUCUGCUGCUGGAGAUGCAGGCCGAUAUCCUUGGCGUGGACCUCUACGUGCCGCGCAUGAUUGAGACGACCGCGCUCGGAGCCGCGCUCUGCGCCGGUCUCGGCUGCGGAUUGUGGAAGUCGACGGACGAGAUUACGGCCAUCGCGAAUAAAGUGUUGCAGGGCGUCACGGUGACCCCGACGAACACCGACCCGGCGGUGCGCCAGGCGCGCGUGGAUGCGUGGAACGAGGCGGUGAAGCGGUCGAAGUGGGCGAAGCUGUAACGCUGCUCUGCGUGGUGAGCAGCGGACGUCGUGUUGCCGCGGCACUGUGCUGCUGAUGCUUUUUGCCUUUUCCUCCUCGCAACGCCUCUCGUUUGCGUUUUCUCAUUCGGCUCACACGACGGUGUGAGAGAGCAAGAGAGCGAGAGCGCACGAGGGAAGGAGCAAAGGAGCACGGCGGCUUCCGCGGCGGCUGCUCACGACGUACGGGUGCGGUGGCUGAUAGAAGACAGUGCUCCUAUCGUCGCAAACAAGGGCGAGCGCCGCGAACCAAAACACAACCUUUUUUCUUCGCUUUUCUCUCUUCGCGCUAUGCGCUCUUUUUUUUUCCGGUCUCGCGAUACACGCGCGAGUAAUAAUAGUAGUAGGACGAAGAGCGACGCCGUCGUCAGCGCCUACUUGUUUCCUCGACAUCGGUGGCGUCGCUUCAAGCGGACCCAGUGCGAUGUGACCAGCUGGUGGAUUGGUGUGGGCUCGUGUCGCUGGUCGCCUUUCGUUUCUUUUUUCUUCGCUGGAGUUCACGCAUGCGUUGGUGGGUGUUUUCUUAUUCUUUCCAACGCAACAGCACGCCACCGGCGACACGACAGACUGACUCGGAGGCGCACAGGGGAUGGCGCCAUCGCGGCGUCGCAACGCAAAACCUCUGCGAAAAGAAGAGUGCAACGCCGAAGGAGCACAAAACAUUUUUUAAAUAUCCUCUCUUUCUUUUCGUUUCUUUUUUUCAUGGAGCCGAACACUGCGUUUGUGUGCGCUUGAAUAAAAUACUGAAAACCACCGAGAAGAACUCCAAAGCGAGUUGCGGCGCCCUGCACCGCCUCGCGCUUUGCUGCACUUCUUAGAUGCUUCUUUUUUCUUUUUUCUCUUCUGUGAGUGCUGUUGGUGCGUGUGCGUGAGUGAGUGAGCAAAGACGUGAAGUGCGACUCGUCCUCGUGUCGUGUCUUGCAGUUCCGUCUUGCUCGCGCAGCCCACCGUCGUUGGUCAAAAAUCUGAUUUUAACUUUCUUUUUUUCUCACACUGAAAACGUUCUUUUUCAUUUUUCUGAUCUUUGUUAUCGCUCUCUUGUUUCCUUAACGUGCGAUGCUAAACGCAGCUAACACAAU